AUGAAAGCACGACGACAAGUUCACGUACAAGAAAAGAACUACAACUCUCCUCAAACUAAUAAAUCCAUCAUCCAAUGGGCACGUGAUAUAGCCAUAUACGACCAAGCUCGUCAAGAUAACCUCGCUCAAUAUCAGUCAAAACAAGGGACCUCCAAAGCUGGAAAACCCCUGAAUAUAGGCGAUGACAAACCACCCGGAACGGUUGACUUGAUGGAAGGACAAAAGGCCAAAAAGGACAACAUUGGAGAGGAGCAGGAUGGAGAAGAGUUGACCGAAACGAUGAAGGACGAUGGAGGGAGGAAGGAAGAAAAGAAGAAAAAGAAGAAAAUUGAAUCGUUUGAAAGGGAACCCAAUGAUCCGAGUCUACCCCAAGAAGAGUCACUUAGAAAAGAGGAAGACGAGUUGAAGAAAGAGAAAGAGGGAGAGAAAGAAGGGUUGGAGCCUACUGAAGUUGGUACUCCAGAAGAAGAAGAGAUCGUUUUGGAUUUCUUUCGAAAGAGUCAUAAAACCAAUCAGACCACACAAUGA